CCGCCGCCGCCGCCACCCGAGGGGCGCGCGCGGGACCGUGAGGGCGGCGGGAGCUGCGCAGGUUUUCCAGGAAAAUAAAAAAGGAAUCAGGAAGCCCCUGGAGCGCUGCCCCGUCACCAUGGGGUCGGUGGUGUGGGAAUGUGGCUGAAAUUGCGAUAUUUAAUUCCUGCCACCGAGGACUGAGAAAAAAAGGGAAGAUUUCUCUCCCAUCUGUCUGUAGUGAGCCGAGGAUGUUGAACACACAAACUCCUCCAGCUGGGAAGAGGAACCUCAAGCAAGGCCUGGGAAUAUUCCUGUGAAAAUCGCGCGGAGCUGGGAGAUGUGCCGGCCCCGUUGGCGGGGUGGAAGGAUGGCUUUGGGCUGGCUGCUGCCUUCCCUGUGGAUUUUGGGGGUCUGGCUGGCCCCCACGGGAGGGCACAGCCUGUUCUCCUGCGAGCCCAUCAUCCUCAGGAUGUGCCAGGACCUGCCCUACAACACCACCUUCAUGCCCAACCUCCUCAACCACUACGACCAGCAAACAGCAGCUCUGGCAAUGGAGCCUUUCCACCCCAUGGUGAACCUGGAAUGCUCCCGGGAUUUCCGUCCCUUCCUGUGCGCCCUGUACGCCCCGGUGUGCAUGGAGUACGGGCGGGUGACGCUGCCCUGCCGCCGCCUCUGCCAGCGCGCCCACAGCGAGUGCUCCAAGCUCAUGGAGAUGUUCGGGGUCUCCUGGCCCGAGGAUAUGGAGUGCACCAGGUUCCCAGAUUGCGACGAGCCCUAUCCCCGCCUGGUUGACCUCAACCUGGCCGGCGAGCCCACGGAGGAGGCCCCGAUGGCCGUCCAGCGGGAUUACGGCUUUUGGUGUCCUCGGGAGCUGAAAAUCGACCCGGACCUGGGUUACUCCUUCCUCAGGGUCCGGGACUGCUCCCCUCCUUGCCCCAACAUGUAUUUCCGCCGGGAGGAGCUGUCCUUCGCCCGCUACUUCAUCGGCGUCAUCUCCAUCGUCUGCCUCUCGGCCACCUUGUUCACCUUCCUGACCUUCCUCAUCGACGUCACGCGCUUCCGCUACCCGGAGAGGCCCAUCAUCUUCUACGCCGUCUGCUACAUGAUGGUGUCCCUCAUCUUCUUCAUCGGCUUCCUGCUGGAGGACCGGGUGGCCUGCAACGCCUCCAGCCCCUCCCAGUACAAGGCGUCCACGGUGACCCAGGGCUCCCACAACAAGGCCUGCACCAUGCUCUUCAUGGUGCUCUACUUCUUCACCAUGGCCGGCAGCGUCUGGUGGGUCAUCCUCACCAUCACCUGGUUCCUGGCCGCCGUGCCCAAGUGGGGCAGCGAGGCCAUCGAGAAGAAGGCCCUGCUCUUCCACGCCAGCGCCUGGGGCAUCCCGGGCACCCUCACCAUCAUCCUGCUGGCCAUGAACAAAAUCGAGGGCGACAACAUCAGCGGCGUGUGCUUCGUCGGCCUCUACGACGUGGACGCGCUGAGGUACUUCGUGCUGGCGCCCCUCUGCCUCUACGUGGUGGUGGGAGUCUCCCUGCUGCUGGCUGGAAUCAUCUCCCUCAACCGCGUCCGCAUCGAGAUCCCGCUGGAGAAGGAGAACCAGGACAAGCUGGUGAAGUUCAUGAUCCGCAUCGGCGUGUUCAGCGUGCUGUACCUCGUGCCCCUGCUGGUGGUGAUCGGCUGCUACUUCUACGAGCAGGCCUACCGGGGCGUGUGGGAGACCACCUGGAUCCAGGAGCGCUGCCGGGAGUACCACAUCCCCUGUCCCUACCAGGUCACUCAGAUGAGCCGUCCAGAUCUGAUUUUGUUCCUCAUGAAGUACCUGAUGGCCUUGGUGGUCGGGAUCCCCUCGGUGUUCUGGGUGGGAAGCAAGAAGACCUGUUUUGAGUGGGCCAGCUUCUUCCACGGGCGCAGGAAAAAAGAAGUCGUCAACGAGAGCCGCCAGGUGCUGCAAGAGCCGGACUUUGCGCAGUCGCUGCUGAGGGACCCCAACACCCCCAUCAUCCGCAAAUCCAGGGGCACCUCCACCCAGGGCACCUCCACGCACGCCUCGUCCACCCAGCUGGCCGUGAUGGACGACCAGAGGAGCAAGGCCGGCAGCGUCCACAGCAAAGUCAGCAGCUACCACGGCAGCCUGCACCGCUCGCGGGACGGACGGUACACUCCCUGCAGCUACAGGGGCGUGGAGGAACGACUACCUCACGGCAGCAUGUCCCGGCUGACCGACCACUCCAGGCACAGCAGCUCGCACCGCCUCAACGAGCAGUCGCGGCACAGCAGCGUCAGGGACCUCAGCAGCAACCCAAUGACACACAUCACACACGGCACCAGCAUGAACCGGGUCAUCGAGGAGGAUGGCACCAGCGCCUGAGCGGCUCCAGGGCUCGGGGUGCCGGCAGGGCUCGUGGUGGUGCCUUCCUUCCGCGCUCAGUGUUACCCUCAGCCUCUCGCCAGGUGCUGAAUUCGGGCGUCGGGAAGCCGGGGUCGGCUUCUCUGCUGUGGGACUUGCCUCGGAGCUGUCUUGAGUCACUGAGUGAAAAAGCUGGUUGUCUCCUCUGAACCUCUCUGGAGGUAAUUAUUUAUUUGAUAACUGUUCCUCAUCAGACACAACUGCUGAAUUUCUUACUCUCUGUGGAAAACAAUCUCCCCCUUCCUUCUCUCUCCCUCCCUCCGUGGGCUCCGCGUGUCGGGAGGCGCCGGCGGCCCCGGAAUCAGCGGGGCCGUGCUGGGAGUUGUUCUGAUGAGGGAACUCUUGCUGGCUGAAGGAAUCCCUCCGUGCAGCUCCCUCGAGGGGACACGUCCAGCGCUGCCUGAGGGACGUCUGUGUGACCCAGCAGCGUUCGGUCACGCUGGAAACGCCACGGGAACGAACGUUCUGGAGAAGGAAACCCCUCUGAGGAUCACCAGCUCUUCCCAGACCUGUCCAGGCUCAGUUGUCCACAGGGUGGGGGGAAGAGAGAGGCAGGGCAGAGCGAUUUUUUUAUAACUUGUAUUGUCCUUGCUUUUUUACAAAAGACUAUUUAAAUUUUCUACUCGUUUACAAUUUCCGUAGGAAGAGAUGGGUUUUAAAAGCAGCUAUCUAGAUAAUAUUCAGCCAUUUAUUUUUUAGAGUCAUGUACAAAAGCUGAGAUUGCCUGUUCCUGAUCUAUUUAAAGGAAAAAGAUUAUCAUAGAAAAGCUGAAUUUGUCACCCAGGCAGGAAUGUACAGCCCGUUGUCACAGCCAGAGCUGAGCCUGUUUACAAAGCCCAGCAGCUGAGGCCAGGAGGACCAGAGGAGUUUAUUCAAGGAUUCCCCACCUUCCUCGUGAUGUCACGGUUUGGGGAGGAUCCUCUGCGCUGAGCAAGAAUCCGGAGAUGGCUGGGAGAAGUUGAGGCAGGAGCUGCCCCCAGAUGGGGAAAAACGAGGAUGUGGCAGCUGGAAGCCCACGGAGUUCCUUGAGGAGGAGACGGGAUCCGCAGUUCAGGGAUCUUGGUUACGGAUCCACCUCUGCUGUGGCUGUUUUCAUCCCCUGCUGCAGAUUCACGGUGGAGAAUUCUCAGUUUGGGCUUUUUCUGUGUGUGGCAAGGAUCCACUGGGAUACCCUGGAGGCAGAAUUGGAGGAUGGUGCUGGAGAUCUUCUGGAGCAUCUCCCGAGGAGAUUGAUCCAGCACGAGGAAACCCUGCUGGCGUGCAAACCUACCUCAGUAAUUGCUGCAGAUCACUGCUGGGAAAUGAAUCCUUAUUUUUGCAUUGUCCUUCCAUAAUUCCCUCCCUGACCUGGCGGAGCCUUGUUGAGCAGCCUUUGUGCACCAACCUCGAGGGCAGGGCCGGGGCAGGAGCUGCUCCACAAUUAACUCAUUUUAAUUGCAGCUGAUGACACAGCGGCAGAGCUGUAACCUGUGUGCUGUGGAAUCAAAGGCUGCCCCGGGAGCUCCCAGACAGAUUUAUCCCAAAUCCAGCGGCUCGGAGGAGAAGACAAAAGGAGCCCAGCGUGGAAUAACAAAGCUCUUUGUUGUGGGCCCGGGAGGGAGGUGCUGCAGGCAGGGCCCUGGGGCAGAGCAGGCUCUGCUGGGCCUGUUUGCUCAGCAAACAGCCCCGGGGCCCGGGGGUACCUGUCCAGCUCUGCAAAAUCCUUUGGGCUGACUUCAACC